AUGGGUAAAUUCAGCUUCGGCAGUAAGAAGUCCGAAAGCAAUGACGACGGUAACAGACAGGCCCUCUUUGGCAACAAGAAGGUUCCUGUAGCCUCCGAGAACCCCUAUGCGCAACAGGGCCAAAAUGACCCAUACAUGGGCAACCAGCAGCCCAUGACCGGAGCCCAAGCAUCCUACAAACAGUACACACAAGCAUCGUACACGGGAACCCUGCCCGGUGGCCCCCGACCUGGCCCUCCCGGCGGUGCACCUGGUCUUCCCAGCGGGCCCCGCGGUGGUGCUGCCCCUCCAAGCCGCAGCGCUUCCAACGAGACCGCCCCUCCCCCCUACAGCGGCGGCGGCGCUCAGCAGGGCUACGGCUCAGAUCGCUACGGCGCGUCUUCGGGAUACGGAUCCAGCAGAUACAACGACGGCGGUUACGGUACCGACAAGAAGCGCCCUGGCGGUUACGGCGGUUUGGGUCCUGCUGACGACGAUGCCGCCCGAGACAACCUUUUUGGCGGUGCCAGAGAGCGUGCUGAGCAGAAGCAACAAUCCACUGGCGCAUAUGGCAGCAGCGCGGGUGCAUCCGGUGCAGGCGACGACUCGGGCUACGGCGGAUAUGGUGCGCAGCGCGAAUUGACUGCCGAGGAGCAAGAGGAGGAGGAGGUUCGCGACAUUCGCAGGCAAAUCAAGGAGACCAAGCUGGCCUCGGCCAACUCGGCAGAGAACAGUGAGCGCAUCGCCUCUCAGGCCGUCGAGACUGCUCUUGGUACAUAUGCACGACUGGGCGCACAACACGAGCGACUCAACUACACUGAAGGUCUUUUGGACAAGGCCGGCAUGUCCACCCGCGAGGCCGAGGGCCAGACUAAGAAGUUGAAGCACUUGAACCGCAGCAUGUUUGCUGUACACGUCAACAACCCGUUCACAGCCGGCAAGAAGACUCGCGAAAUGGAGACGCAGAUCCUGGAACAGCACCGCGCGGACCGUGAUCUGCGUGAGGCUACGCGAAAGGCAGGUUGGCAAGCAAAUGACCACAUGGAGAGGGGCUUCAAGGAAAUUGAGGCAACUCGCAGCACGGCCAAGUGGCAGAGAGCCAGUGGAGCCGAGAAGAGCAGAUACCAGUUCGAGGACGACUCGGAAGACGACGAGGCGGAAGACCGUAUCGAUGCUGCCAUGGAGCGGACUGCAGGCCACGUUGGCACACUAAACAGUGUGGCACGUUUGAUGCAGAAGGAGAUUGAUUCUCAGGACGAGCUCAUAGGACGACUCGGCGAGAAGAGCGACUCUGUCAACGAUCGGGCCAAGCUCAACACGGAGAGAUUGAAGCGCAUUCACUAA